AUGGGAAAUGCCUCUGAAACAUUUUUGUUUAUGUCCAGUUUAUCCAAGGAGAAUGACAUGCUCAUGGGGACUAUCUAUACCAUAUUUGGUGUGCUGUCUCUGUUGGGAAAUGGGAUUCUGCUUUUUGUGGCUUAUAGGAAGAAGUCCUCCCUGAAGCCAGCAGAGUUCUUCGUGGUCAACCUGGCCAUCAGCGACCUUAGCAUGACCAUCACCCUCUUUCCACUGGCCAUCCCUUCAGCCUUUGCUCAUAGGUGGCUGUUUAAUCAGAUCAGUUGUCUUGUCUACGCAUUCUGUGGUGUCCUGUUUGGCCUGAGCAGUCUAACCAACCUGACGGUGCUUUCAUGCGUCUGCUGGCUGAAGGUGUGCUGUCCCAAUUAUGGUAACAAGUUCUCGUACUACCACGCCUGCCUGCUAGUUGCAGGGGUCUGGUGCUACGCCGGAGUUUUUGCCGUGGGUCCACUGUCUGGCUGGGGCCAGUAUGGGUCAGAGCCUUAUGGUACAGCAUGCUGCAUCGACUGGUACGCGCCCAACCACAGCAAGGUGGCUAUGAGCUACAUUGUCUGUCUCUUCUUCUUCUGCUACAUCAUUCCCUGCACCGUCAUCUUUCUCUCCUACACCUUCAUCUUACUGACCGUUCGGGGCUCCCGCCAGGCUGUGCAGCAGCAUGUGUCCCCACAGAACAAGAUCACCAACGCUCAUGCACUCAUUGUUAAGCUCUCCGUGGCGGUGUGCAUCGGCUUCCUCACAGCAUGGAGUCCAUAUGCAAUUGUCUCGAUGUGGGCAGCGUUUGGCAGCACAACAAAUGUGCCACCCAUGGCAUUUGCCUUGGCAGCCAUCUUUGCGAAGUCCUCCACCCUUUACAACCCAAUCGUCUAUUUGGUCUUCAAACCCAACUUUCGCCGGUCCCUGUGUCGGGAUGUGGCACACUGCAGGACACUCUGUCCAUGUCUCGGUCAGCACAGCUCCACCCAGAAGGUAACCUGCUCACGAUCCCGACGCAAAGAGGAGUGCAACGCCACAAGGCUGUCCAACGGGCUGCCUGAGAACCAUGGGACCUGCAGGCACUGUCCUUGCCCUGAUAUGGGCUCUGGAUCUGGGGCAAACUGCCCAGACUACAACCCCCAACAGACUGCCAGGAUACUUACAGGAUCGACACAAAGCGAAGUUGCUGUCAGUCAGCUCUCCAAUGAGGUACAGAGUGACUUCCUCUAG